AUGAUGAACUUGCCAACUGUGCACAAGGAUGUGUUGUCCUUUGCCUUUGAUCACUCGGUUGACUAUGACGAGAGCCAGCCACUCUAUAUUGAUGCAAGAAAUCCAUCGCGCAGUCUAAAUGCCAUUCAGUUACGUCGAUUAGUGCGGGCUUUGAUCGCAGGCCUCAGGCGGUAUAUUAAGCAAGGAGAGUGUGUGCUGGUUCAUCUGGGCAAUAGCUAUGUUCACUCAACUCUCUUCUUCGGCAUAGUAGGAGCCGGGGGCGUUUACAUGGGUGCCAGCCCCGAAAGCCCACCUCAUGAACUAGCCAAUGUUCUUGAGCUGGGGAGGCCAAGGCUAAUCAUUACGACAAACCAGACGCUUCAUGCUGUCUUGAGUGUUGCAACCAGCAAAGGCCUCGGUCCGGAGCAAAUCUGCCUGUUUGAAGAAUUGACUAUCACUAGCUUUCUAGAGUCAACCCUCAGUUAUCGUCGCCAAAAUGCUGAAACCAUCACAUUAUACGAUCUUCUCGCCUGCGGCGACGAGGAUUGGAUCAAGUUCGAUGACGAAUCCCUGGCCAAAACCACUCCAGCCGCUAUGUAUUGCACCAGCGGCACCAGUGGGCUUCCCAAAGCCGCCAUUAUCUCGCACCAGGCCGUUGUCUCUCAGCAUCUUAACAAGCACUAUGAGGUUCCAUACGCUGUCAGAAGACUAGUCAUUGUUCCAGUGUACCAUCGCUUCGGGGCACUCUGGCACGCAUUCCCAAUCCGUCAAGGAGAGCCAGCCUACUUCCUGCAAAAAUUCGAACUGAAUCACUUCCUCGACGCUGUUCACAGCAACAGAAUAACAGACGUAUUUAUUGUGCCAGCAAUAGUUCAUCUCUCACUUCAGUCCUCUCGGCCUGUAGCAGAGCUCCUUUCAUCUCUGCGUAUGGUAGGCGUCUCAGGCGCGCCCAUCGACACGGGAUCAUUGCAAAAGUUCCAAGAACUGCUACACAAACAAGCUACUGCGGCGCAAAGCUGGGGCAUGACAGAGACCGGCCCGGUAUUUGUAUGCAGGUAUGGAGAGCGCGUCGAUAAAGGAAGUAUCGGAAAGCUUGUCGGGAUAAACGAGGCAAGACUCAUCGACGACGAAGGCAUGAUAAUAACCAGCGACAACUGUCCCGGUGAGCUCUACGUACGAGGCACAGGAUUAUUUUCGAACUAUAGGGGACGAGAUGACGGAGUCGACGCAGAUGGAUGGUUUCGAACAGGGGACGUGGCCUACCGACAAAACGAAUACUACUACCUGAAUCAAGUGGCCCCCGCCGAAAUAGAAGCCAUCCUCUCCAAGCACCCAGGAAUAUCCGAUGCCGCCGUCCUCGGAGUCCAAUCCAGUGAUAAGAGCACCGAACUGCCCCGAGCAUUUGUGGUGAAAUCACCAGCCUUUAACGCCAAACUGACUGCAGAUGAGGUCUACCAAUUUGCGAAGUCCCAGUUAGCAGGGUACAAGGCUUUAGAUGGAGGCGUAGUGUUUGUCUCUGAUAUUCCUCGGACCGCGAGUGGGAAAAUACUACGAGCCAAGUUGGCACAGAUGAAUGCUCGACGGGAGAAGAUCGCCCAGGUACUUUCUCGCCGUGUUAUCAAGGCGGUUACUUGA